AUGAUCAACCAAGAUAUUAUUGAUUAUACCAUUGCCAACACAGAAGAAAUUAAAAAUCUCUCGCAUUGGUAUUGUAUUUCUCCCGAACUCGAUCAGAAUUAUAUUCUUGGUAUGCAAUCUGAUGUUGUACCUCCAACCAAUUUUGAAAGUUAUUGGAAAGGUUUCGUUAGUAAUUAUGGUAUCAACACCUCUCUGAUAGAUUACAUUCAGCAAAAUAUCGGCUAUUAUCUGAGAAGAGAAAAUGUUGCCUCUUCCGAUCAAGUAAAAAAGAAAAUUGAAAAUAAUGGUGUUGGUUUCAUUUUGGUGAAAUACGAAAGUGAAAAUACUGAUGAACAAGAUGUAUUCAAUAUUAGCAUUCCUAAUAGAAAGGUCAAUUUACAAGUUUCCAAGAAAAUACUUUCCAGAGAAUGCAAAGUUUUUGAGAGAAUGUUAAAUAGUGAAAUGAUUGAAGCAAGAACAAGUGAAAUGACACUUGAGACAUCUGAUAAGUAUUUUGAAUGGAUGAUUGACUAUGUGCACAUUGGAUAUUUGGGUUCUGAUAAGUUAACAUUCGAAUCAAAAUCAGAAAGUGAAAUUAUUGUUAAAAUGGAUGAUUUAAUAGGUUUGCUACAAAUCGCAGAUGAAUAUCAAGUUGAGAGUUUAACAAAAUCCAUUUCCAAAGUUUGUAAUGCCUACAAUGCUCUCACUAUUUCACUUGCAUCCAUUGAAUUAUCUGAAGAUUGCAAAUCAAUAAUUUAUGAAGAGACUAUUCCAAUUAUUUCUGCACAACCAUCUUGCAUUAUAUGUGAUCCAAUUUAUAGAAAGGUUGGUUAUACAGAGCUCGAAGAGGAUCUCAGUUGUUAUUCAACAAAGGACAAGAAGUUAUUCAAACAAACUUUGAUGCAACAUGUUCCAAUAUUUACAGAGAAAGAUUUGCAUGCAAUGAUUAGCUAUGUUGUUAGCAAAUACGCUCAUUACAAGGUGAUUGGAAGAAUGCCAUUCGAGUUGCUAAAACAAAUUCUAUUGAGUUUAUUGUCGAAUGGUGAUUUGAUGGCUGUCACUUACUUUUUGAUUUUUUGGGUGGUUACAGAUUAUGAAGCAAGAUUUGAGGAAGCUUACAAAUUCGUGCUCGAGUUUAUUGAUUUUUCAAAAAUUAAUGAUGAUGAGAUUUUGUUUCCAUUCUUUUCAAUUUUUGUAAAUCUUGGAAAGGAAGAUUUAUUCACAUCUGCCAAAAAUCAACUGAAGGAUAUUAUGCUCAAAUCACUUCUGCACGUAAGAGGAGUUCCAAAAGAACUAUUGGGUCUCCAAGAAAUUAAGGUCCUCGAGAAGAAACAGAAGAAACGAACCAAAAAGAAUGGAUUUUUAAUUGGUCUUGAUGGUGGUGGUAAAACAACCCUCCUGUACAAGUGGUAUUUGGGUGAAGUUGUGUUAACUAUUCCAACUGAUAAGUUUAACACACAAAUGAUUAAUUACAAAGAUGUUGACUUUACAAUUAAAGAUUUUGGUGGAUUAGCCAACUUGUGGAAAGAUUAUGCACAAGAAGCAGAUUUUGUAAUAUUUGUUGUUGAUUCUACAGACACUGGCAGAAUGAAUCAAGCCAAAGAUUUACUUUGGACUGUUUUGGAAAGUAUUCCAAAGAAAACUUCAAUUGUUGUGUUUUGUAAUAAGCAGGAUUUCUUCAGUGCUGCAUCUUGCGCCAAUAUCGCCAAUGAUUUGAAUCUGAACAGCAUAACAGAUAGAAAAUGGUACAUACAAGCAGGUUGUGCACUCACUGGAGAUGGAAUCUAUGAGUCAAUUGAUCAUAUUUUGACAUUCUUUGUGCCACAGAAAAUUGAUUUCUUUGGGAAAGUUGAUUUUAACAUAGCCAGUGAGUGGGAAUGGGUUUUAUAAAAAAGAUGAGUAGAUGGUAUUAUUCAAGUUGAAUAAAGAUAUAGGUUGUUAUUUUU